AUGGUAUGUUUAUUUUCGCUGCUACUUUUCACCCUACUGAGAAAUAACAAAACGCAUGCAAAAAGGAAUACACACAGGUUGAGCGCGGCGCCGUUCAUACAGUUCCCGGGUGGAGGAGUUCCCCAAGGGAAGGCAAGGCAUAAGUGGGUAGGUAGGGGAAGCGGUGUAUACGGUCGCUGCAGGAGGACGAGGGGGGUGUCCUCCAAUUCGUUGCCGGAGUCGAUAGAGGAUGAACAGGAAAACGCCGCAUGGGGGGAGGAGAGCGCAUCAGAUAGUGCACCAGAUGGGGCGGCAGAUGGGAUGGCCCCAAGUGACCCCUCAGCGAAGGGAAUGAAAAGUGUUAAGAAUGGUGAGUUGUGCAUGGAUGCUGCCACAGGUGUGGGUGGUUUCCUCGGAGGGGAGGGAACCCGUUUAGAAGAGCUUUCCCCCAAAGGAAAACCAAUCCAGAAAAGGAGCAUCCGAAGCAGCAGACGAAUGAGCAAACGGUACAGGAGAAGGGAGGGGCUGUUUCCCCGAGUGGACGACAUCAAAGAUAUGAAGAAGGACCUGAAGCUAUUCUUUUUCAAAAAAAGAAUAAUCUACCUGACGGAGGAAAUAAAUAAAAAAACGACCGACGAGAUGAUCAGUCAGUUGUUAUACUUGGAUAGCAUCAACAACGACGACAUAAAAAUUUACAUAAAUUCCCCAGGGGGGUCCAUAAAUGAGGGACUAGCCAUUUUGGACAUUUUCAAUUACAUCAAGUCAGACAUACAGACAAUAUCUUUUGGCCUAGUGGCAUCUAUGGCUUCUGUAAUUUUAGCUAGUGGGAAAAAGGGAAAGAGAAAAUCCCUGCCCAACUGCAGAAUCAUGAUCCAUCAACCUCUGGGCAAUGCAUUUGGGCACCCACAGGAUAUAGAAAUACAGACGAAGGAGAUUCUUUACCUGAAGAAGCUGCUGUAUAAUUACUUGUCCACUUUUACUAACCAGACAACUGAGACGAUUGAAAAGGACUCAGACAGGGAUCACUACAUGAAUGCGCUGGAGGCGAAGAAGUACGGAAUUAUUGAUGAGGUGAUUGAAACGAAGCUGCCACACCCAUAUUUUGACGAAGCGGUCAGGGAGUCAAGCAGUGGCUGA